CAAAUUGUCUCAGCAAGAAAAGAGCAUUAAUUGGUUGCAAAAGCAUUUUCCUUCGCAAGUCAUUGUAACGCAGAGAUUCUGGAAAUUUAGUGGAUAACCGUUGCAAGAGAAAUAUGCUUGCAUACGUAUUGUGACGACAAAAGCAACAAAGCGCAAAAUAAAAAUAUAGGGCGAGAUAUUAAAACACAUUUCAGAAUGUCCACCGAGGAGUUCGUGUGGCGCGAGCUCGUUGUUCAAAGACUGCGAGAACGAGACCGCAAGGAAUGCCAGAACUUUAAGGAGAUCAUUGUGCAAAACAAUCGUCUUAUAGAUCAUGUUGCGCAACUGAAAUCCGACAAUCUGAAGCUAUCCGUCGAGAACGAGCAACUGAGAAAUGCGGUGUCAACAGGUGGCACUGGCCCCAAUGUCGCCAUGGCUACGCUGGAAAAAAAGCUAUUGGCACAGCAGGAGGAACUCACAGAUCUUCACAAAAGGAAGGGUGAACACUCCCAAAUGAUUGUCGAUCUGAAUCUGAAGGUGGAGCAGCAAAAGAAGCUACUCAACGAGAAGGAGCACAGUCUUUACAAACUACAAACUGUCAAUAACAGUUUGCGGGCAGAGGUCCAGCUAUUCCACUCCAGUUUGGAUGAACUUAAGAAACUAAACACAACAUUGUUGGAUGAGCACACAGCAUUACAGUUGGCGUUCAGUUCACUCGAAGAUAAGAUGCGACAUAUACAGGAUGAAAAUCGCAGUUUGUUGGAUCGAUUAAUGCGUUAUAAGUCAAAAGAUGCUGACAAGCUGAAUGAAGAGAACGAAAGUAUCAUCAGCUUGCAUUUUGGAAACAUAAAACGUUCGGCAAAGCUAAAACGUGACUUGGAGGACGCCGUCCGAGAACCGAACUCGGCAGUUAAUCAGUCAGUUCCAGCGGCCGGUGGUACACCACUGCAUCGCAACUCGAGUCCCGCUCAGUUUGGAGGAGGGGCCACUGUGAGUGACGACGAAUUCGAUGAGGCAUCGAUAAACGGCGCUAUGGAAGCUUUAGGGCUCGACGAUGAGGAAUAUAUCAAUGCCAGAUUUACGGCCGGUGAAACGAGUCAUGAUUUACGCCGCAGCAUUGACACAAUGAAAGCCGCCGGCUACCUAGGACAGCCAAAUCCAACAAAUAUCUUAAUGAAGUUCGAGGCGCAUGAGAACGAAUCGCAUGCAGUGCGCUGGAGUCCGGUUGGUCGAAUGGUUGCCACGGGCGGUGCUGAUAGAAAAGUCAAGCUCUGGGAUAUUGGCAAAGGUAGCUACUGUUUGAGAAAGAGUGCUACGGAACCCCGUGCUGUGCUUAGUGGGAGUAGUGCCGGCAUUAACUCGGUCGAUUUUGACUCAACUGGUUCAUAUGUUUUGGGCACAUCGAACGAUUAUGGCGCCAGAGUCUGGACCGUAAUGGAUAAUCGGUUAAGGCACACCCUGACUGGCCACAGUGGCAAGGUGAUGACCGCCAAAUAUGUCCAAGAGCCAAUUAAAGUUGUAACCGGAAGUCACGACCGCACUUUAAAGAUUUGGGAUUUACGCAGCAUCGCCUGCAUAGAAACGAAAUUUGCCGGCUCCAGUUGCAAUGAUUUAUGCACAACGGACAGUUUGGGUUCGACAAUAAUAAGUGGCCAUUAUGAUAAGAAAAUCCGCUUCUGGGAUAUACGUACAGAAAAACAAGCUGAUGAUGUGCUUAUGCCUGCCAAAAUAACCUCACUGGAUUUAUCAAAGGAUUGCAAUUACUUGAUAUGUUCCGUUCGAGAUGAUACAAUAAAACUAUUAGACUUACGAAAGAAUCAAGUUAUAUCCACAUUUUCAAAUGAGAACUUUAAAAUCAGUUGUGAUUUCGCGCGUGCCGCCUUCAAUUCGGUUGCGACAAAGAUCGCUUGUGGAUCGGCAGACGGUACAAUAUACAUAUGGAAUGUGAAUGGAUUUCUUGAAACGACGCUCAAGGGGCACAGCUCGGCGGUGAAUGCAGUGAGUUGGAGUCCGAACAGUAAUUCCUUGGCGUCGGUUGGCAAGAGUAAAAGAUGCAUCAUUUACUCCGACUCAUAGCCCCAAAUGAAUAACUAUAAGUAUGCAAUAUUAUCAGUCACAUACUUAGUUCCUGAUGUCCCCAACUAAGUACAGCCGACUGGAGAAGCUAAAGUUCCAAUUUGAAGCCUGCCGCGUAUCAUUGGUUAACACCCUCCUUGAAAUUAAAAUAUGUUUUUUGAUGUUAUAUAAAAUAUAUAGAACCAGUUAAUUACCUAUUCACAUUUUUAAGUGACCUUCUUUCUAUGCUCUGUUCCCAAAAAAAGCGGAAAAUAUAUGCUGUCUAUCCGUCCGCCUGUAUGAAAGACAUAUUUUAGAACCUUUA